AUGAAGGUCCUCAUCCUCGCCUGCCUGGUGGCUCUUGCUCUUGCAAGAGAGAAGGAAGAACUCACUGUAUCCACUGAGACUGUGGAAAGUCUUUCAAGCAGUGAGGAAUCUAUUACACACAUCAACAAGCAGAAACUUGAGAAUCUUAAACGUGAGGAGCAGCAGCAGAGACAGGAGGAACGCCAGAAUAAAAUCCACCCCGUUUUCCAGCCACAGCCUCUAGUCUAUCCUUAUGCUGAGCCCAUUCCUUACCCUGUUCUUCCACAGAACAUCCUUCCCCUUGCUCAGCCUGCUAUGGUGCUGCCUUUCCUUCAGCCUGAAAUAAUGGAAAUCCCCAAAGUUAAGGAGACCAUCUUUCCCAGACGCAAAGUGAUGCCCAUUCUGAAAUCUCCAGCAGUGCCCUCUUUGGACAGCCAAAUCGUGAAUCUCCCUGAUCUUGAAAGUCUGCACUUGCCUCUGCCUCUGCCUCUGCCUCUGUCUCUACUCCAGCCCCUGAUGCACCAGAUCCCCCAGCCUCUUCCUCAGACUACCAUGCUUCCUCCUCAGCCACUGCUGUCCAUCCCACAGCCCAAAGUCAUGCCUUUUCCCCAGCAAAUUGUGCCCUACCUCCAGAGAGACAUGCCCGUGCAAACCCUACUGCUGUACCAGGAUGCCACCCGUGAGGCCCAACCUGUGACUGCCCCAGCUUACAAUCCCGUUAUUGAUUUAGAGGACUCAGUUUCCACUGUAAUAAAAACAGAUUUAUUACAGGGAAAAACAGAAGACAGCAACACAGGGAAAGGAUGUGCAGUGAAAAAGUGCCAAGAUCUGGGGAGCAACUUAUUUGUCCUUCCACUGCUUGAUACAGGAUAUGCUUUAUCUCCAGAUCUUAAACCACUAAUGGAGGCUGUGCAAAGCAUCUCAGUACCAGGAAGCUCAAAACCACUUGUCGUGAGGGUCUUUUACAAAAAACUUGUCCUGCAGGCACAUUUUGGCUACAUGACUAGUCAUACCUGUUGA